CCAGGAACGGAUUUUUCAACCUCCAACUUUUUCACUGUUGGUGUUGGAGUUGGUGUUGCUGUGGGUAUAAUAUUUUUUGCAAUUCCUAUUUCACAGUUAUUCUUUCUUUCGCGCAUUCUUAGCUUUUCUUAUAUUGAACUGCAAUGAUCGACUCGAUAUCCUAAUCAAUUCUCACUCUUCAAUCCAACUCGCGACCACAACCACCCACCCAACCUACACACACCAAACAACACAAAUGGACGCCCAAGCCUACCUCCUCCGCCACGGCUGGGAGGGCCCCGGCAACCCCCUAAACCCCUCCCGCCGCCUAGGCCCCCACGCCGGCCUCGGCCUCAGCAAACCGAUCCUCGUCGCGCGCCGCUCAGGCAACGAAGGCGUGGGCAAGAAGACAACCAAAGACCCGACGAAUCAGUGGUGGUUGCGCGGGUUCGAGGAUGCACUCAAGGGCGUGGGACAGGAGAAUGGGGGUGGAGAUGGGGGGAGGAAGCCGAAUGCGUUGACGAGUGAGUUGUAUCGGUUUUUUGUGAGGGGGGAGGGGAUGGCGGGGACUAUUGGGGGGAGGAAGGAGGUGGUGAAUGGGAAGGGGGAGAAGAAGGAGAAGAGGAAGAGGGGGGAUGAUGAUGACAAUGAGAAGGAGAAGGCAUCGCGGAGGGAAGAGAAGAGCAAGAAGCGAAAGACGGACGAGGUCAAGUCUUCGGAUCGCAAAGAGAACAAGGAAGAGAGACGACGGAGGAAGGAAGAAAAGAAGUUGAAGAAGGAAGCGAAGGAGAAGAAGAAGGCUGAGAAAGCGGCCCACAAGGAAGAGAAGAAGGCGAAGAAAGCGAAGAAACAAUCGAAACCCGAAGACGACUAUCCCACACCCACAUCAACCGAAGAGUCCAGCGGCCAGGACGAGUCAGUCGAACUGAAAGAACCCUCCAAGGAGAAGAAAAAGGAGAAGAAGGAUAAAAAGGAAACGAAGGACAAGAGCAAGAAAUCGAAAUCCGAGUCGACGACAUCCGACGAAAAUGCAACACACAAGUCGAAAAAGGAGAAAAAGGAAAAGAAGGAGAAGAAAAAGUCCGCCAAAGAAUGAAUUGCUUGCCAUCAUAGAUAGACCUUCAUAGAUACCCAUUCGGCGCUGUAUAGAAGUUUC